GGAAACACACAGUGUCACAAGUUUGUUUCCCACAUGGAGAGGGGGGGUCCUGAGUGUAGAGAGGGGAUGCUGCAAGAGGAGCCAGGUCGCGUUUGUCUGCGUCUCUCCUCACAGUUUUAUAUAUUUUUCCCUCUUUACUCGUCUUGCUUCCCGAAGUUCUUUGGCUCGGAGGGGGCAGGCAGAGUGACAGCAGCAUGACACAGCAGGGACUGUAAAACCCAAGGAGAUAGCAGAUAAAUGACGACAUAAAAGCGAAGGGCAAAGAGCUGUAGACACCAGCUAGUCGGAGCUCGGGUGUAGAACACGCACGGUCAGCCGAAGGUUCUGGGAAAAAAGUCCGUAACCCCUCAGACUCAGAGCUACAAGCCCUCAUCUUCAUCAUGCGGGAGUACACAAACGCUUCGACCCCCACCAUCUGCCCCGUCAAUGCCACGGUGUGCCAAGGCACGGCUUGCCUAGAGCCCACCGGCAGCAACUUCAACGAGAUCCUGAGCCAGGUGAUGGGCAUCGUCCUGACGAUCCUGCUGGCCAUAGUCAUGUUCUCCAUGGGCUGCAACGUGGAGCUGCGCAAACUGUGGGGCCACGUCUGUCGGCCCUGGGGCAUCAUGGUGGGUGUCCUCUGCCAGUUCGGCAUCAUGCCCCUCACCGGAUACGCCCUGGCACUGGCCUUCAACGUGAUGCCUGUGCAGGCCGUGGUCAUCCUCAUCAUGGGCUGCUGUCCAGGAGGAUCGAGCUCGAACAUCCUCACCUACUGGCUGGACGGUGACAUGGACCUCAGUGUCAGCAUGACAGCCUGCGCCUCCAUCCUAGCCAUGGGAAUGAUGCCUCUGUGCCUCCUCAUCUAUACCUCCACCUGGACCUCCGCCGAUACCAUCCAGAUCCCCUACGAAAGCAUAGGCAUCACCCUGGUAUCGCUGCUGAUCCCUGUCAGUCUGGGCAUGUACGUCAAACACAGGUGGCCCAAGACGAGCAAGAAGAUCCUGAAGGUAGGAUCCGUCUUGGGGUUCUUGCUCAUCGUCAUCAUCGCAGUGGUGGGAGGCGUACUCUACCAGUCCUCUUGGGUCAUCUCUCCUGCCCUGUGGAUCAUCGGCGCCAUCUUCCCCCUUCUGGGCUUCAGUCUGGGAUUCCUGCUGGCACGUCUUGUGGGUCAGCCCUGGGUGAGGUGUCGCACCAUAGCCUUGGAAACGGGCUUCCAGAACACACAGCUGUGCAGCACCAUCGUGCAGCUCUCUUUCUCCACAGAGGAUCUCGAGGUCAUGUUUUCCUUCCCACUCAUCUACAGCAUCUUCCAGAUAGUCAUGGUCAUCGUGGUGGUAGGAGGCUACCGGCUGUAUAUACGAUGUGCAGCUCAGGAGACAACAGACGGCUCAGAGAAGCAGGCAUACACCAUGGAAAAUGGGGGAUUCCAGCACGACACGAACAAUGUCCCCGAGGGCAAGUUUACGCAGCUGUGACUGGAAGGUCCCCUGCAGGGAGACCCUAUGGCAAUGGAGCAUGAGUAUCACUACCCUUUCAACCUCACACUGCCUCCUGUUGUCUGGGAGGGUGUACUGCCAAGCAACUUUCAUCAUAUACAUUACCUGACAUUUAUCCAGAAAUAUAAUUAGCUGCAGUUUGCCAAUUUAUGCAGAAUAAAUUUAGGUUAUGUACCCCCCUCCCCUCAAGGGCACAACAGCAGAGACCUUCUGGGAUUAAAAUAAGCUAGUUUCCCUGGGUCAUUUUAUGCACUAAAUUUAGCAUUUGUCUUGAUCACAAGCAUGCAAGGCAUCAGUCGGUCAUCAGGGCAGAAGGGUGGUGGAGGAACCAGUCAAGCCUUAGGGUCACAUGUCCAAAGGCAGAGAGACGGGUACCCUCGCUCCCUACUCAGAGUGCAUCCUUGGAGCCCCACUCCCAAUCACAUGACCUGUUACUGUAGUGUGAGACAUUUAGAAUUAUUAAUGAAUAAAAAUACACCAGAAGUUAGUUUUUCCGAAUUGCUAAAGCAAAAUUCUGGAAACCUUUCAUCCUUUUCUCAAAACAGUAAAAGCAAAAUACAAUUUUCAAGCUACACUCACAAAACGUUUAACUCAUUCUUGCAAAAUCAAUCUACUCAAGGUCUUUUGCAUGCCGAGUUGCAAAAUCGAAAACCAAAAGACUAUAUGUAAAAAAAAAUAAAUGUUUGUAUACAAUUCCACGUAAAGCAAUAUGCAAUGUUUGCAUUAUUCAGGACUUCAUAAAAGUUACUGUAAAGGAGAUAGCAAACAAAUCCAAAUGAAAGGCACAUUACUGUAUGGUAAAAUGUUGUACAACUGCCAAGCCAAAGUCAAGGAGGAAUAUUCAUCCUGUCCCAUCACUACUCCUCCGAGCUGGAUCAGGACGCAGAGCUUUUUCUACAACACAGGCAAUGUUCUUCUUUGCUAGGCAACGGAGGAAGAAUUUGCUGCCACCCAUUCAUACCUUGACAUCAAAAUUUGACGGGCCUAUGGUAGCUGCCGUCUCACCCAGGACAUUUGAUCUACUCACUCAUCUCAUUGGCUUCAGGUUUAGAAACGUGUGAACAGUUUUCAGUCAUUGUGUUCAAAUAAUGCAUACUGAGUGCUGGUUGUUUUAUCCAUACUGCAUCAAAGUUCAUCACAGUAUUUUGAUGAAUUGGGAUGUAUUUAGUUUUGCAAAUAGGGUGACUGAUAUGCAAAUUGUGUCUAACUAGCUGAGCACUGCUUACAACUUUGGCAAAUGAGUGACUGAUUCCGUAGGUUUUGCCAAUUCAGUUUUGUUCCAAGAAUGGACUUUGGUGCUCUAGCAAUUCAGAUAAUCUGUCAAAUUCUUAAUGCAUUAUGUCAGGAAGGAUUUUUAUUAUGAGUAUUUAUGUAUUUUGUUCUCCAGAAUGUUAUUUCAUUAUAUGACACCUUGUAAAUUAUUAAUCCUUAUUUAAUCCUUAUUUAACAACUAUCCAAGGCAGAUAUUUCAGUUCUUUAAUGAAAAAAAAAAACUAUUUUUAGAAUGUUUACGAUUGACUGAAACACCGAUUGUACUGGUUUUUACAAGGAAGCAAUUUAAUUCAAUGCGUUAAUAUAUCCAAAGUACAGGAGAAUAAAUUUAUUGUGAACGGUUUGUGGGUUUGACAGUACACUCGAUAUUCUAUAUUUAACAUUUUUUUCAACCGGUAUGGUGGUAUUCAAUAAAAACUGCUGCUGUUA